GUAGAACUGGCUCGGGACAAUCGGACGUGCAACUGAACCGGGUUUGUGUCGACGACCAUGCGUGCUCUGAUUCAUCGGUCCGCGGAACAAGCGUCAAACUCAAGUGUCGUCGCUGCGAGCCGUUUUGCAUUAAAUUGAAGACAGCCUUGUGUCGAAAGCCACGAGAAAAAUCUCUAGGUAACGUUCUUGCAGAUGCCUCGCUAAUCUGGUGGGGUUUUGAAAUUCCCCAGCUUCUAUUGCUCCAGAGGCCCUCUGCGCCAUUCCGGAGAUUCUUUGAUCCGUCUGGCAUCUCAGACUGGAUUGAUAAUCCUCGAGGUAGAAGGUCCGUUCUCGGUCAAAAGCUAUGUGCGAACACACAACCUGUCAAUUCUGGCGAGCUCUGCCUGUAAUUUCGAGCAUUCGGAGUCAAGUUUGGGGGUGAUGCAGUUGCCAAUUCGUCCUUGCCCCGAGCUGUGGGAUUGAUCUCUAGUGACUCUGAUGUAUACGCAGCUGUUUUAAUCACAAGUUGGUUUUCUAGUGUUUAUUUCCUUGGAAGAUCAACUUCAUUCACGAGCCCGUGUCUUCACCAUGUGCAAAUGCUUCGCUACUCCUCCUUUGUUGGCCCGUAUGUUGGUAGCUGAGGAGCUGUGCGUGUAAUACGAGGUUGCAGUUGCAACUGACUCUCUCUGUCCCUGACUCCAGCGUUUACAGAGACAUAGAAACGAUCUCUUGAAGAAGGCGUUGCAGUCUGAUGGAUAUGCGCAGUAGAACGUUUAGGCAUUGGACCUUGAAGAAGACCUCGGAGCAGUCGAACAAUCGAUGUUGAGUAUGGAGCUGGGAAAUUUGGUUCGUACUUGGACAGAGUAGAGGAGGCUAGAAGAUACUGGUAGCAGGUCUUGGGCGAGAUGAACGCGUUUGGGAGUCCUCCAGGGGUUCCUGCGAAUUAUUUGUGUUUAGUCACAAAUCGGGAAUCUCGUCGGACUCGGGUAUCAUUCAAAGAAUGGCAAGCUUUCAGUGAGCUUCUUGAAGUGAAGAAAGCGCGAGAGGUAAAGGGAUGAAAUUGCUGUUGUGCAGUGCUAGCUGGCAGGUACAUCAUGUACUCGCUCUCGACAUUCAGCAGAGCGAAUAGCUUCUUGGUCAUGGUAGUAGUCGAAAAUAAUUAGUGGAUGCUCCUCGCAUUCUGCAAUUCCUGCGAGGAGAAAAAUGGAGCAGCAUUUGUCAUCUCUUCUUUACACAGCCUCAACCGAGUAUGAGCUAGCAGGCGGUCAGGUGGGAUCCAAUGGAGCACAUGGAGCCUCGCUGUCUGCCGAGACACUCUCCGAUUUGCACGAUUUUUUCCAGUCCUCCGGAUCGAGAAAUUCGGAGCUCAGUGGAUUAUGGGAUGAUCUUGCAGAGAAGAAGGUUUCUCUGGGAGCAAUUGUGGAAAUUUUGUCGGGGACAAUGCAAAAGGGCGGAAUAGCUGGAGUUAGAGCCGUGGAAGUGUAUUUAUCACUUCUAAUGGCUCCCGACUGUCCCCUUUACAGUCUUUUUAGUCAAAUGGCAUUCGAUGCCUUAGCCCGGUGCCUGCGAAAUUGUUGUAAACCUGUGCCUGCCGCUGCUCUGAACGUCACAGCAGAUAUAGAUACUCAGGGAGGGGACAAAGGGAUAAAAGGACACAGGAAGGGAAAGCGGCAACGAGGUGGAGGAAGAUCGAACGUGGACAAUGAAGAGAUUGACAUGAGUCCAAGUCAGCUUAGUGCUCAAUCUCAACCAGCGGAGACUGUAAGUGUUCAAGACAUAAUGUCUUCGCUGCUAAAAUUGCAGAAAGCUUUACUUGUUCUCCACCUCAGAGAACGUCAAGAGACUCUGAAGUUGGUGUUGGAGUUGCUGGUAAGUAUGCUACAUCUCUUGAGCGAAAUGGAGGAUGAAGAGAACCGGCGCACAGAAAACGGCGGGCGCGCGAAGAAAAGAGCCGUGAUUUCAUCUCCAAGAGGAUCAAUUCCAGAUUCCAUUUUUCAAAUUUUGGAAUCGCUGCUCGAUUCCAAGCAUGGGCAACCACUGAAAAAUGCGGUGAUGAUACUCCGAGAGCUUACUCCGACAAUACUUCUUAAUCAACCUGGAGGGACUGGAAGGUCGGGCAUUCGAAGCUGCGCGUUACAAUUUGUCACGCGUACUUUACUGAAGACGGGAGGAAGCUCAGUACAGCCUGCAGUUGCGGCUUUGCCUCGGUACAUCUGUUGUAAAGCUCCAGAAAAGACCGAUGGACGUCUCUUGGCCAUAGACAGUGCGAUGACGAUUCUGCACGCAUUAGAUAUCAAAGAUCUAUGUCAAUUUGCCGAUUUUAUUCGCAAGUUUUCUCAUUCGAAACCUCGACAUCGUCUGAUAGCAGUCGAUGUCGCUCUUGCUCUUCUAGGAGGUUUUCCCGAUGCAUUGAGGUGCCCACCACCUCUGGUUGAUGAGUGCUCUAAUCCAUCUGGACCCUCACCCUAUGAGAGGGGUCCUAGAGCCCAUAACUUCAAUGGCAGAAGAAAACCUUCAAGAUUUAAUAAUCAAGGAGCUUCGGUUCAACCUAGAAAAGACGGAGCUCAAGAGAGUGCAGAUGAAGUGGAAAACAAUGGCUGUCAAGACGGGCAGUCUGCCAUGGAUGGACAUCAACACGAUGAAGCCUCCUCAUCAGAGAACCAGUGGUGGGGUGUUACUUGCAUCGAGGUAUUACUGCACAGGUCCUCAGAUAAAAUUCCCUCAGUUCGGGCUAGAUCGCUUGCAAAUCUAGCCCAAGCCAUCGAGCUUCUGUCAGUGGAUGUAAGCUCCCGUCGCCAUCUUCAGAGUCUUCUUGGUUUUAAUGGAAUUGCUCCUCAGGGUACUCGAGUGCUAAACGCGAAUUCUACUGCCCUUCACUGCAGUGAUACCGGUGAUACGCCUAUUCUGGGCGGAUAUACUCCAUCUCCAGAACCCAGCUCGGACUUGCCUGGUGCCACUCCCCUCACCCCAGGUGCAGGACAUCGUGACUUGUGGUCACUGCUCCAGAGGAGGUGCUUGGAUGAUAAGGUUGCGGUUAGAAAAUCAGCUCUAGUCUUAAUGAAAAAAUCAACUACUUUAUUAGGAAAGGCUCCAGAGGAUGAUAUCCUUCACGCUCUGGGUGCUGCUUGCGGUGAUUCGAUGAUCAGCAUUCGGAAAUCAGCCCUUGCUGCCAUAUCAGAGGUGCUAAGAAAGUUUCCAGGUGAUCUCAGAGUAGCUAGAGAAUGGCUUAGGUCUGCCCUUCCGCUAGCUUUUGACAACGAGACAACACUUCAAGACGAGUGCUUGAACUUAUUUGAAGAGCUUGUUGUGGACCGAGUAUCUUUGAUCUCGACGUUGAAGCUUCCUAGAAGCAAACUGCUUCAUAAAACCGGACGUGGCAUACAUCAGAGUUCGCAGGAUACUCAGGAACUGAAUGACGAUGACGUGGAAAAGCUUUUACCCGUUGGUGCUCUCGGCAUUCUGAAAGAAAUGGCGGAUGGAAGUUCAAUCUCUUCUUGUGUGAAGCGCAUUUGCUUCAGCUUGGGCAAGAAAAAGCGACUCAGGCCUGGUGUUGCGCUCGCCCUGCAAAAUUUAAUCUCUGCUCACAGAUCUCCGGAUGGAGCGUGGUUUCUGCUGUCAGAAGUUUCAGAAUUCGUACCAAAAGCGGUUGGUUGGGAAUUUCUUCGUACUCACUGGCAGCUUCUUGAUGGCAGAGAAAACGGUCGAGCAAAAGGACAAGGAUCGGAAACUUUGGAAGGCACCCUCCCAAGAGGAACUUCCUCAAAAUGGGCUGUCAAUCGCGUGCAUUUACUUCAGACAAUUUCGAAUGUGGCUGUUGAACUUCCUCCAGAUGCAGCUGCAGAUCUGGCUUCCGAGCUCCUAGAGAGAUUACAGGCCUUCGAUAUGCACUCGGCUGAGGUUGGUGCUCAUAUUAAGGCCCUCGCUGUACUCUGUAAGCGGAAGGUGGUAGCUGUUGAACAGGGAGAUCAGCUUGUGGAAGUCUGGGUGAAGCAGCUCCUCGAGGAGUCAGGUAAUAUUCUUGAGUCCUGCAUUAAAAGUCCGUCUUCACGGGGAACCGCACAGGAGGGAGCGGAGGAUGCCUUUCGCACCCCAGUGUCCCAAACUCGGGAAAUGCAGGGGGACAAACAAACUGAAAAUAGAUGGAAUAAGGAUCGCGGACAAGUGAAGGGUCAAGUGGUAUCAGCAACGCAAUUAGAGACCGUAGUUUUUACUGUUGGUGCCCUCGCCCUUGUAUGCCCGCGAGUGAAAGACGCUCGCGUGGUCACGUUGGUUCAAACUUUGAUAACGACUGCCAAACGAGUCAUUGGACGCACAAGAGGAGGUGAAGCUCAAAGACUCUUAAUCAGGGAGAAGGUGACUCCCGAGGUUUAUGUUCAUCUGUGGGUGGCCCUCGGCAAGCUUUGCCUAGCUGAUGAUUCCCUUGCCAAGCGUUGCAUCCCUCUCUUUGUCCAGGAACUAGGAAGAACAAACUCAGCAGCAGUGCGGAACAACAUCACAAUUGUUAUGACGGACUUCUGUGUCCGUUACACUGCCCUUGUAGACGGCUAUUUACAUGAUUUGACGAAAUCAUUGAAGGACUCUUGUGAACUUGUACGUAGACAAACCUUUGUACUUCUCUCGAGGUUGCUCCAGAGAGAUUACGUCAAGUGGAGGGGAAUGCUUUUCCAUCGUUUCCUUCUUAUGUUGGUAGAUGACUCUCCAAAAAUCAGUCAGCUGGCAAAGUUCGUCUUCAGCAGCAUACUCAAAUUGAAGGCUCCGCUACUGGCUUACAACAGUUUUGUGGAAGCAUUGUUUGUCCUGAAUGACUGUGUCUCACAAGCAAGUUCAAGUGCUAUGCUGCAAGUUCCUGAGAGUGAGAGAUCAGUCUUCUCUCUCAGAGGAAAUACAACAGAUGUGGUUGAGAAGCGAAUGCAAAUCUAUGGAACUCUCCUCCAGCAAAUGAAUCCAGAGCAUCUUCUGGCUACAUCUGCAAAACUCUGCUCAGAAGUGCUUGCUGCGGCAGCAGAUGGUUUGCUUGAUCUUAAAGAUGGCCCUAGCCAGUGUGUACUUCAGGACGCUUUGCUGAUUCUAGCAUCGAAGGAGCUCAGAAUCAUUAACCCUCGAGCUUCGGCUGGUACAUCUGAGCUGGAGGACGAUGACGGGGGAGCCGCAGCAGCUGUUGCAGCUGUGAAAGGACGGGUUGUUACUCAGCUGAUGAAAAAGAAUCUUGUACAAAAUGCAGUCCCCAUCUUCAUUGAACUUAAGAGGUUGUUGGAAAGUCAAAACAGCCCAAUGCUGGGGCUGCUCAUGGACAGCAUGCGGCAGAUGCUGAAAGACUACAAGAGCGAGAUCGAGGAAAUAUUAGUUGCGGAUAAACAGCUCCAAAAGGAAAUUCUCUACGACAUGCAAAAGCACGAAGCUGCCAAAGCCAGAGCGAAAGUGGUUGCGGCAAUUCCUGUUCAGCCUGACGUUAUGCAGGGAGCUACACCUGGUGCAGUGAGGACCCCUGUUGCGAUUAGCAUUCAUUCUGCGACAGUCGAGCAGAUGGGCAAGAGCGCGCAGGACAGUCGCCUCCAAGGAGAGGCGAUCAGUAAAAUGAGCGAGAAAGAGAAUAUGGGCGGAAAUCUACAUUCGCGGUCUGGAUUGCAACGUUCCAGAAACAACACGAAUCCGAACCAGGCUUAUAAUAUUCCUCCAAAAAGCCCCGUGGUUUCUGCGAUGAGAAAGUCGCCUCUUGACAAUCUGCUCUCUCCGCGUGGAGAUAAUCGUGCAACUUCAACUCCCCGGGUGACUUGGCAGCACGGUACUCCGACGAUGGGCAGAACGAUGAUGCACUGCGCAGUGCCGAGCAGUGGCUCGCAUCAAGCGCAGACCCCACAUCAUCCUCAUACAACUCAAGUCCGGCCUCCGGAUCCUCUCAGCCCUCUGCGUGCUUCGCAGGAGGAGACAUGUUUAGCUGGAGCGGUCGCAGAUGUGGCAGCCGCUGCGACAGUCGCCACUGUGCUUCAACAAGUCGCCCAGAGGAAUGUUACGCCCUUGCGUGGCAUGUCCUUGCCCCGCUUGCGUCCCUCCGUUGCUACAGCCACUCGGCGGCCGAAAGAUGCAGCAGCUCCCCCGACUUCCCAACUGGCAGCAGUCUCGCUAGACGAGCGAACUCCCGCUGCUGCAGCUGGUGCCCAGCGCUUCCCCGGUUCCCCCCAGUGUCUCGCUGGGGAAGAGGAAAGUGGACUCGAGACUGUACGCAGACGACAGUCUUUCAGCUCUAUCGAUGACCCAUGUGGGUUGCCCUGAGUGACUGUAGUCUACAUCACCCGCAGCUGUAGAAAACUAGUUUCGGCUCAUUCCUCUCAUCACACUCACAUCACCACUCCACACUACACUACACCACUCUUGCUGGAGGUCAAGCGAACGUGCACUUGCGCUGCUCGUCUGACCGUCAGGCAGAUACAUAUCCUGGCGACUCGCGUGUGGAAGACGAUGAAAUGGCGAGUGUGGUUUCAUUUGGGGUGUGAUGUAAGUGGGGGUGGGCUGAGGACAUCCGUCGCAUGCCCUGCUGUGGCCUGCGAAGUCAAUGGCGCUCGCCGAGCCUGCCGGGUACGUUUAUAAUAGUCAUUUACCUUCCCCUAUCCCCAGCAUGCGCCCGAGUGCUGGGUUCGUUUCUUCUCCAGGCUGAGUUGCGGUGGUCUCUUUCUAUAACUAGGGUGAGACAAGCUCCACAAAUCGACGGCAAAUCCCGCCUAUUUUUCCAGAGAGCCAGGUCAAGCCGGAGCAAUAAAAAUAGGUGUAGAAAUUCCGUACACUCCCCCAAGUUUGGCUGAGUUUAACGGUGAGUGCGCUCUCCCAUCCCUCCUUUGCGGCAGGGAGCUCCGUGCCGUUGCUUUUGCUGCUCUGCACAUCUCCUCUGACCAGUGGUGGACUCCCGGUUUGAAACGUGGAAGAGUGACAAGCUGAACCCACCAUCUGUCCUAUUGGGGCCUGUAGAUUUGGACUUAAGUGGACACCAACCCUCGGAGAUAAAGUAGGAGGUUCGCAUUAAAAGUGAUUCACCUUCCACCGCGAUAAGUGCGGAGUUAAUUGUAAAUGAUAUGCGGCUGCAAUUGUAAAUAUCAUAGCUCAUGGCCCG